AUGACCACUGAUUCGAAAGAAAAGUCUGGCUCUUACACACCUUACCAAUACCAAUGCUGUGGUCUUACACAGAAGGGUGUUCGAUGCAAGAAGAAAGUACGCGGUUCUCGAGAUUAUUGUCAUUAUCAUCAGGAUCAAGCGAAUAAUCUACUGGGUAGAAUAAACGGUAAACUCCAUGAAAAGGUUAGCGAGGCCUUUCAUGAACGUCCUCUGGCCUCAGAGCCUGUACUUGCAUACUCGCAUAAACCUUCGAAUACUAAUUCGCCUAAGCAUCAUAAUAAACCAGGAUAUAUCUAUGUCUAUACCUUAACUAGUUUAAUUGAAAAUGAAAAGAAAAACAAUGAACUGUGGCUCAAGGUAAGAAACAUCCCCAAUACUUCUUCUAAGGACAAAGACAAAUGGCUCCCCUUUGAUUAUAGGAAACAUCCGUAUACUUUGAUCAAAGUAGGAAUGACUACCCAAACAGUUGAAAAAAGACUUCAACAAUGGGAAAAUCAAUGCCAGCAUGGUUUGACAUGUUUGAUCCCCAAUCUGCAUAACUCCGGGCUCAACAAGUCUGUUCUAUCUUCUUCAAUGGAUCGGUUCGGCCCUCUUUUCUCCUCCACUUCGGACCAGUAUAAAACUCUUCGGGUACGCGAUCAAGGGUUCUAUGCACCUAAUUCGAUCUUACAGGCUGAAACUCAAAUUCACCAAAUAUUAAGAGAUAAAUACGGUAGUGGAGAUGUACUCUGUACUGCUUGUAAGAAGAAUACAAAAACAGUUGAGGAAGCCGAACAUGCUUCGAAACUAUUGAGAUUAUUCAAGAAACAUAAACAGGAAUCGUUCAAGAAGGGCACCUACAACAUUCAUGUUGAAUGGUUUCUCAUUCCUAAACUGGAUCUCGAAUAUGUUUAUCGAGUCAUAGACACAACGUGUCUGCAAUACUAUUUCUAG